AUGGCGACAAGCGGCGAAGGUGGGCCUGACGAUGGGAGUUCUGCGCGUGGAGAGGGUCUGUGGGGCGUGCCCAAGGGGGUGUGGCGCGGUGUGUGUCUGGCCGGGGUGGUGGGAGUGGGAGCCAUGGUGGCACGACAGCUGAAGCACAGGGCGGAGGAGCAGCAGGUGCUGCAAGCUGCCAGGCUCACUGCCGUCGGGAUCAAGGACACGGUGGUGCCAUGUCUUUUCGAUAUGGUGGCGCAGGUGAGAGUGAUGCGCGCGGUGGGGAAAGCGCACUCAUCGGUCAGCCAGGCGGUAGCCACGGUGGGGGGAGCAGUGGAGGAGGCAGCAGCAGGCGCCAGCACGGUGGGCGCUGAGAUGGUGCAGGAGGUGGCAGGGGCGGUGCAGGGCAUGGCAGACGCCGUCCAGGAGGUGGCCGAGGCGGGGCGGCAGGCGGUGGCACGUAGCGCGGCGGUGGGGAGUGCGGUGCAGAGUGGUGCGAGGGGGUUGGUGAGAGAGCAAGUGGAGGCGCUGGUGGUGGAUGAAGAUGCACGGGUGCUAGUGCAGGCAGGGGACAGCCUGUGGCGCAUCUCCCAGCGAUGCCAGGUCCCUCUGGAGGCGCUGCGCAGGGCGAACCCUCAGGUGCAGGGGGAUCGGUUGCUGGAGGGGUCGUACCUCUCCCUUCCACACAUUUUAGUCAACGAAUUGGUCGAAACCCAAGUAGUGGCGCUAGAGUAG